AUGGAGCACUCCUCGAUCGAGUCAUACGAUUACACAAAAUGUUAUUGUGAGGAGAACAUUUAUAAGUUAUGUGCAAGGAUUCCCAAAGAGAAACUCGGUCAUUUUCAUGUCGCCUUUUUAUCCAACGAGAAUAGAGCGUUUCCAAUCUUUGACCAGAAAACGGCCAAGCAAAGACCAUACGUCAUCUGGGAUUACCAUGUGAUACUAAUCGAGAAAAGGGAUAAACCAAAUACUUCACAAGUUUUUGACUUUGACACCACACGUCCAUUUCCAACUUCGUUUGCCGAUUACUGCAAAUAUUCAUUUCCAUAUGAGUAUGUAUUUCCUCCCGAGUACACUCGAUAUUUCCGGAUUAUUGACGCUGAGGCGUAUUUAAAACAAUUCUCUAGUGACAGGAGGCACAUGAAAAAAGAGGAUGGUUCUUGGAUGUCCGAACCACCGAAAUGGGAACCGAUCUAUCGAGGAGAGGCUGGCCACAACUUGGACGAUUUCAUCUCGAUGAGCCCCGAUUCAUCGACGGCAAGCUACUCGCAAGUGGUCGAUGAAACGGAUUUUGUGCAAUAUUUUUCGGACAAUAAGAGGACGAUUAUGAGAAUGGCCCGAUUUGAACAGUUUUCGAGUCGAAAGUCGAAAGUCCAAAAUCAGCAGAAAUUCUUCAGCGAAGAUGAU